CUUUAUUUUCUCAAACAUUCUUCUCUCAUAAAACUUCUCAGCAAUGGCGAAACUUUUCGGCUGCCCGAUCAACCUCGAAGCAGAGGAAGAAGACGGUGACGGUAGCUCAAUCGCCGUAGCUACGAGUUUCUCCGCCGGUUUGCCUCCUCCGGUUAACCAGAGAGAAACCAAUAUUCCGUAUUUCCGUUUCUUAGAUUCGAAUUCGGAUUCCGAAUUUGAAUACGAUUCUUAUCGCUGCUUCAUCGAUUUCUUUGAUCGAGACUCGUACAUAGGCUUGAAUCGACGGCUAAGUAGUAGUACUUCGUGUGAUUUCGAUAUCUGGGGGACUCAGGACAUGGAGGUAGAGAUUGAAUUAGAGCUCCGAAUCGGGUCCGGAUCCGGAUCCGGGUCGAAUGAUUCGGUUGAGUUAGGGCUUCAAGUUGGCGAAAUUGAUCAGAGUCGGGUCGAAAUUGAUACGGGUCGGGUCAAGAUUGAUUUGGAUCGGGUCGAAGGUGAUACAAGUCGGGUCGAAGUUGAUACGGGUCGUGUCGAAAUUGAUUGGGAUUGGGUCGAAAUUGAUACGGGUCGGGUCGAAAUUAAUCCGGGUCGGGUCGAAAUUGAUACGGGUAGGGUCGAAAUUAAUCCGGAUCGGGUCGGAGUUGAUUCUCUGGUUGAAGUUGAUACGGGUCGGGUCGAAACUAAUCCGGGUCGGGUCGAAGUUGAUACAAGUCGGGUCGAAAUUGAUUGGGAUCGGGUCGAAGUUGGUACGGGUGUUACUGUUGAAGCCAUGAUUGUGGAUGAAGAACAACCUGUCGAAGCUAACCUUCUACUUGAAGAAGAAGGACUAAGCUGGUGGGAUCAUAAUCAAGAAUGGCCUGAUCUUUUCUUUGAUACUGAUCUCCUUGAAGAAACAACGGAGGUCGGCACUGGCUUUUGGGAUUCCACUUACGGAGUUACUCUGCCUAGUAUAGAUGAACUUGCUCAGGACCACGGAGAAGAAGACUACGAGGAUGUUUUAGCAAGAACGUUUGAAGAGUCCGAAGUCAACGGAAGCCCACCAGCUUCCAAGAGGGUUGUGGAUGAGCUUCCUGAUGUGGUGGGAGUCACCUCUGAAGAGUUGAGCAUUGCUUGCGCGAUCUGCAAAGAUGAGAUUGUGGUGGAGGAGAGAGUUAAGAGGCUUCCUUGUAAGCAUUACUAUCAUGGAGAGUGCAUUGUGCCGUGGUUAGGGAUAAGGAACACGUGUCCGGUUUGUCGGUAUGAGCUGCCUACUGAUGAUGUUGAGUAUGAAAGUAAUAGGAGAUCACAAAGGCGUAGACUUAAUUGAUCUCUGAGUAGAUGAAUGAAGCUAAUAUCUUUUAGUAUCUGUUCGUGAUUUACUUGAUGUGCAUAUUGGCAUAGAACUUUUGCCUCUGUAACGUGUUAUUCAAGUUAUUUAGGUUUAUUAAUCUUUUAGGGUUUUUUUUCUGAGAAUUGCAGUCACGGUUUGUUCAUUAGUUCUAAUUCUAAAUAUGAUGUUUUGGAAUGUAAUUUGUUGCUUCUUCAACUCUUUUUU